GCCAGCGCAGGUCCUCCCAGUCUCACCCAGCCGGUGUGGUGCUCGUGUUUCCCCAUCUCGUCGUGGAGCGUCGCUGCCGAGUGGGCUCUCGUGUUCGCGUCGUCAUGGCUGGUUACGAAUACGUGAGCCCGGAGCAGCUGGCUGGCUUUGAUAAAUACAAGUACAGUGCUGUGGAUACCAAUCCACUCUCUCUGUAUGUCAUGCAUCCAUUUUGGAACACUGUAGUAAAGGUGUUUCCUACUUGGCUGGCUCCAAAUCUGCUAACCUUUUCUGGCUUUCUGCUGGUUGUGUUCAAUUUUCUGCUUAUGGCAUACUUUGAUCCUGACUUUCAUGCUUCAGCACCAGGUCACAAGCAUGUACCUGACUGGGUUUGGAUAGUAGUGGGCAUCCUCAACUUCGUAGCCUACACUCUAGAUGGUGUGGAUGGAAAGCAAGCCCGUAGAACCAAUUCCAGCACCCCGUUAGGGGAGCUUUUCGACCAUGGCCUGGAUAGUUGGUCAUGUGUUUACUUUGUCGUAACUGUGUAUUCCAUUUUUGGACGAGGAUCAUCUGGUGUCAGUGUUUUUGUUCUUUAUCUCCUGCUGUGGGUAGUUUUAUUUUCUUUCAUCCUGUCCCACUGGGAAAAGUAUAACACAGGGAUUCUUUUCUUGCCUUGGGGAUAUGACAUUAGCCAGGUGACUAUUUCUUUUGUCUACAUAGUGACUGCGAUUGUGGGAGUUGAGGCCUGGUAUGAACCUUUCCUGUUUAAUUUCUUAUAUAGAGACCUAUUCACUGCAAUGAUUAUUGGUUGUGCAUUAUGUGUGACUCUUCCAAUGAGUUUAUUGAACUUUUUCAGAAGCUAUAAAAAUAACACCUUGAAACACAAUUCAGUCUAUGAAGCUAUGGUUCCUGUCUUUUCUCCAUGUUUGCUAUUCAUUUUGUCUACAGCAUGGAUCCUCCAGUCACCUUCAGAUAUUUUAGAGUUACAUCCUAGAGUAUUCUACUUAAUGGUUGGAACAGCCUUUGCCAACAUUACAUGUCAGCUGAUUGUUUGUCAGAUGAGCAGUACCCGGUGCCCAACUUUGAAUUGGUUUCUGGUUCCUCUCUUCUUGGUUGUCAUGGCGGUAAAUGUAGGAGUAGCCUCUCACAUUGAGAGCAUCCUUCUGUUUACAUUAACAACUGUUUUUACUCUGGCCCACAUCCAUUAUGGAGUACGAGUGGUAAAGCAGCUGAGCAACCAUUUUCAGAUUUACCCCUUCUCAUUGAGGAAACCAAACUCAGAUUGACUAGGAAUGGAAGAAAAGAAUAUUGGCCUGUAAUCUACAGAAAGAAGUACUGUAAAUAAGAUGCUUGUAAAUAUUUCAUCCAUCACCAUUGAACUAAACUGAUCUGCUUAACAGACAUGGGAACUCAGCGUGUGUGGUACUUGGACAGCAGGAAUGAUACAUACGAUCUGAACUUGUGGAAUUUUGGACCUACUAACUUCCAGCUUAUUUUAUUUUAUUUUUUAUAAAACCAUGUGAUGUUUUGGUUAAACAUAAUGUACAUUAGACCAGACUAGUAAUUUUAGCUUCAGGAGUCCAUAAUGUUUUGGUUCAUACAGAGUUAAAGAUGCUUGGUUUUUAUUUUUAAAACCCCCAAAUUGGUUUAGGAACACUGGUAACAUUCAGAAGACCCAAUAUGUUUUCGUAUUUGGUACUUAGCGGUAGGUCUUUAGCUGUGGAAGCUGUCAAUAGCCCAGUUCUAAUAUAGGGAAAAGAUAAGAGCAAGUCACCUUCAGCAAGAGAUGCCAGAUGAUUGCAGAACAAUAUACAGUUGCCAAAUACUGGUUUCUCUUUCCCAUGGAAAUACCUUUUGUCCUCAUGUGCUAAGAGACAUAAUAUAUAUAUUUAGAUUCUCUAGUGUUCUGGCUCUCUUUGUUAUGGAACAGAUCUUGAUAAAUGGUUUAAUUUUCUUUUAAAGAGAAACAUUCUAUUGAGACUUAGUAGAGAAUGGAUUGUAAUUGUAGCUCAGUCAUUGGCAUGGUUCACUGUUUAAAUGUGGCAUUUUUUUCUCUCAGCUGCAAGUUGCUGAGAUUUGGUGCCUAUAAACUAUGAUCACACGAAAGCACGUGACAGUCCCAGUCUUAGAAUAAUUACUCGUGAGGAACACAGAUAAACUUCCUCACAAGAACAAUUUUCUUAGGAGUUAGGAAUCUCAUGAAGCUCAUAUGAAAUUACUACUGUGAACCUCGCUAUGGAAUUCGUUUUCUGAUUUAAUUUGUACUUCCUCUCUCCCUCUGUCUUUCUGUGGAGGAGAGACUGCUGUGUUUUUUAUUUCAUACAGGAUAAAGAAAUAGAAGUUCUGUCUUCCCCAACUUGCUCACUUCUCCACUUGAAGAAAAUGAGUAAUUUUUGAGGUUUACUGACAAACAUAAAAAUCUCUUUGAUUUUAAUAUGGUUGUUUUAUGAUCACACCUUUUCAUGAAUGUGGAUAUUCUUUCUUUUUGGUUUUGUAUCCCUUUAAUUUGGUGGUGGUGAAAUUUACUGGCUGAUUUUCUUUUAUUUUCCAUUGAGUGAAGUUUGUGCUUAAAUGAAGAGUGUAUCUUAAACCCUUUUUUUUUGGACGGAUUGCACUUGGAUAAAAUAGGCACCACUGUGUUGAUAUGUAAUUAAAUCCAUAAUCAUUAUUUAUCUAUGAAUGUGACCAUCGUUAAAUUUAAUUAUAGUGUAUUCCUUUGUUGGAUUUUAGUCUGCUGCUUUGUAAAAAUAACUGUGUAAUUGAUAUUUCAGUUUUUAAAUGUGUAAAGUCUAAUCAUUGUCAUUCAGGUUAUUAGAAAUGAGGCGCCAAGGAGCUAACACAUGGUUCUGUACUCAUUUUAAAAAACUGUAAAGGUUGAGGUAUACUCUAUGACUUUCUCUGAGACAAAAAUGAACACUGAAAAUAGGUGAGAAAUUGAUUCAGGAAAAUAUGGAUAGUGAUUCCAUGUUUGUUAAUACUGGAUUGGCCAAAAAGUUCAUUUGGGUUUUUCGAUGUCACAGAAAAAUCUGAAUGAACUUUUUGGCCAACCCAAUAAAUUGCCAUCAUGGAUGUCAGAAAAUGAACUAAUUAAGUAAAAUAACUCUAUCUUUUGUAUACCUUGUUCUGUGUCAUCUCUAAAACUGAACUGGAUAAAGUGUUAAUUUGCACCGGGAACAAAGUUUUAAGUUUUCUAAGCUAACCAUUUUAUUGUUUUGUUGACCCCGUAUACAAAAAUGAGAUUAAUCUGUAUUAUAUAAGAAAAGAACUGAUAAAUAUUUAUAAAAUGACACAUUUGGACCACAGGCUUUCUUCACCUUGUACAGUUUAGUUUAAAAAACAAACAAACACCUUUUACUUCUGGCAUAGGGUCAUGUCCUGUAAUUUGGGGGCUAUUUUACCUCAAAGUAUGUUUCUGCUCUUUUUCUGUGGCAGUAGGUUUAUUUGAAAAUUGUUUUGUACCUAUAUGUUAUAACGUAUUUCCCAAUGGUGGUUAAGAAUUAUGCUGUAGUCAGUUUUAUUGGUAUCAAUAGAUGAAAGAAAGAUGGCUGUCAAGAAGAUAAAAGAUGAAAAGUGAGUAAUUAACUGUUUCAGAAUACGGUGGACUUGGGAGUCUUUAGGUACUGCUGACUCUUUUUCUUGGUUUAGUCUGCUGUCUUGAAGUGCAUCGUGAAAGCCCCCAUUCGUUAUGUAGUGAUACAGCAGCUGAAGCAGGACUUCAUUACGAAGAGCUCUGUGAACUUACAUCAUUGCCAAUUAUCAUAACAUUUCCAAAGUCUAACAGAUAUUUCAGGCUUAUGCAUGAUAUUUUGGGGUGCGUUCACACCCCAGCCUUUCUCCCAGCAUAUGCUGAGUUGCCUUUUGGGGAGCAAUGGCAUGAUUGGUCAUACAUGCAUGUUUUCUGUACAUUUCAGAAUCGAGUGCCUUAGCCAGGCCAGAGGUUUGCUUUGUGUUUCUUCUGACCAAAGUUACCUAGACCUGUAAGAAGUUUCUUUUCAGGUUAUGGUAUGAAAAAUGUCCUUUCAUGCUUGUCAGAAAAUAAUUCCCCUAUAUUUGAGGGGGGCAUGGGAUAGAAAAAUCUAAAAAAUAUCUGAGUCUGUUAAUGCUGCCUUUUAUGAUCCUUUAAUAGCAUUCAUGAUGUUAAUGUAAUGUACAGUUUAAAAUUGCCACAAUUUAACCAACAUUCCUCCCUUAAUAUGUACUAGACAUAGUUUAUGGGUUUUAGUCUUAAGGGUAGUAGAGUGAAUAACUUCCAAAUAAAGAGCUAAAUAGUCUUCCUUGGCAUUUUAAUAAUAUCAUGGUUAAAUUACUUUUAAUUGUAAUUUUAAAAAGAAGGUUCAAUGCUGAUUAUGGCCUAGAAUGUUUUAGUACUGUUACCAGCAUGUCAUGUAUUUUAAUAUAGAGCUAUUGGGAAGAGGAGUGUAUGUCUAGGAUUGCCCAAAUUCUAAAUAGUUACCGAAAGAAAACUGAUCAUGACCUAGAGCCUGGCAUUGGAGGAACAUGCAAAGGAGAAAGCAGACACAGUAUCCACGUUAAGGGGAAGAAGAGGUCACUUUAGUGCCCAGUGAUCGUACUGCAGGGUACAGUUUAAAAUUGUCACAACUUAGUCAUUCCUCUAGAAAUUUUAAGUUCAAAUGUGAAUUUGAAAGUUUUCCUGAGUGUUCAGGUUUCAAAGAAUUAUUUUAUUUUGUAGUCAGCCCAAAAACAUUUGGAAUGUACCUUGCUUUCUAAAGCAGACUUUGAUUCUUUAACCUAUGGAGAAUGAAAAGGUAAUCUGAGGGUGUUUGAAUCAAAGGCUACUUUUCCCCUUUAUAUUUUAGCCUGUUUGUAACUGCUCCUCGUCAUUCUUCACCUGGGUUGUUUUUUUUGUUUUUAACUAGCCACUACCUAGGACGGAGAUGCCCACUCGCUCUGUUGCUCCUAGAUCCUGCCACAUUCAAAUCUCCUUUAUUGUCUUAGUUGACUAGUCAAGGACUGGGAAUGUGCCAGAGGGAACAAAGUGAACCUGAUGGACUAGAACUUUUGACUUUGGGUUCCCAAAUAAGCCAAAAACAGAUACAGAAAUCUUUGGUUGUGUUGAUUCCUGUGUUCAGAGUGGCCUUGAUCUUGACCUCAGUUCUGGACUUGCUUGAGCACUCUAUAGGAAAUUUGUGAAGUCAGACUAGAAUUUUCUUUGUCCUGUGAGGUGUCCUUUUGUAAGGCAGCAUGCCCAUUCUUGAACACCCUGUGGGUGGUGAAUAACCUUAAGUGAGUUGCCAGUGCUAGAACCUUCCAGGAAGAAUUUUAACUAGUAUGCUGCAUUUGAAGCACUUUGACAUGUACAUUUUAAGUGACAGUUUUAACAGUAAAACAGUGUUAAAUUAAUCACUGCGAAACUUGAAAGUGUGAUGCCCUGUACAUUUUAGGAAGCUUAAGUAAAUUUCUGAUUUUCCUUUAUUAAUUAUGUAACCCAUGUGAUUUGUAUAUUUUACUUUUCAUCUUUGACAGUGGUACAAACGACUGACUUAUUGGCAGGCAGUUACUUCAGAGUAUAUGGUAAAUCAUGGUUGUCUAACUUUUCCAGAGAAAGCGGCAAUGUGUUUACUUCUUCCUUUGUGUGAAGCCAUGGGAAUUGGAUUUCCUGGCUAAUUUAUUUCCAGUGUUUUUACAGUGCAAAAUAAAUGUAACCUUUUAAACCUG